CUAAAGUUGUUGUUGUACACAUUUCAGUUCUAUUCGUAGUAGCAUAUACCGACAACACUAAGAAGAGACCAUGGAAAUUAGGAUUGGAAGCUAAACCGUAGGAAAAAAUGAGUAAAUACAGAGUUGAAAUUCAGCAAAUGAUGUUUAUUUUGGGAGAGGUGCAGGAUCCUCUCCCAGAGACUAUCCAAUUAGUGGAAGAAUUAAUUCGAGGACAAGUCAUGGAAAUGUUGAUUCAAGCAAAUGAACUAGCUAUACGAAGGGGCUCAAAAUCCAUCAACGUUGAAGACUUAUUCUUUUUAAUUCGGCACGAUCGUGCUAAAGUUAAUCGACUCAAGACAUACUUAUCGUGGAAAGAAGUCCGAAAAAAGGCUAAAGAACAGGAUGCAAAUGCCGCCGAUACAAAGGAUCUCUUUGAAGAGGUAGAAUCCAAAACAAAGACGAUGACUGCUCCCGUGGCGAUGCCCUGGGAAGUGAAAAAUAUGUUUUCUGAACCGAUACCGGAAACUGAAGAAUUCGAAGGCGAUGAUGACAUGAUGGAGAUGGCAUAUGCGACAAGAGAAAGGCUAAAAUUAGCUGAUGAGAGGACAAAAAAAAUGACAAGAGAGGAAUAUGUUCACUGGAGUGAAUGUCGUCAAGCUAGUUUUACCUACCGAAAAGGAAAGCGCUUCCGCGAGUGGUGCGGUAUGUCUGUGUUAACAGAAACUCGACCAGAUAACGACAUAGUUGAUAUUUUAGGAUUUUUGACAUUUGAGAUCGUUGCGACCUUAACGGAAGAGGCUUUGGCAGUCAAAGAAAGGAUGGAUCAAAUACAAGAUAAUACAAGACAUGGGAGUUAUCAUGUUCCAAAUCAUCCAAAGGAACGCUACUUGUUUGAUGGGCUUACUGAAGGUAGGACUCCUUUGCAAAUAUUUCACGUCUUGGAAGCUUUCCGACGACUACAAGUACCCAACAAAAAACAUACUUCUAUGAGAAGCUUUAACGGAGGAUUAGUGAAGUCAAGAGUUUAUCUAAUUUAAUUAUCUUAUAUCUUGUUACGAUUCAUACGAAAAUUAACGGGAACAGCUGAAGGCCAUUCCCAUGUACUACUAAUGCUCAUGACCCUAAGAAUAGUGAAACCAUCAAAAGGAUGAUGACUUUCCUUUAAUUCAAUGGAAUGUCCUUUUACGUUUACUAUUUCUUUUUCUUGUUUCUUCAAAAUCGCAAUAGCAAUCUAAUGAGAUUUCGUAUCCAUGCUAAAACUAUGCCUAAGACGUUCCUAAACUAGGGUUCUACUAAUUGAUGAGCGAAGAGUACACUGUCAAUUUACAAACCAUGCUUGUAUCGUAUUUUCAUAGCUCAGCUAGUUGCUCCAACGCAGGUUUUGUUUUAUUC